UUGUGGACUCUCACCACCUUCAUAUCAAACACCAACCUUUCUCUUUUCUCAUCACCUAUACAUACUGUUUAGCUGGAAAACUAGCCGGAAAGUUGCCGGUAACCUUUGUUACACCCCCUCCAUUUUACACACAAGUCACGUAUCUUGUAAGAUUAUACGGUUGGAGCUGAGCUAGACGAAGAAGGGAAUGGAAGUUUCAGUGAGUGAUUUCGAUAACCUCAAGGCGACCGAGCUAAGACUAGGGUUGCCCGGGAUCGAUGCACCUGAGAAACCGGCACCAGUGAGCCCAAGGGGUAGCAAACGGGCGCUCCUAAAGGCUAAUGAGGAGUGUUGGCCAGACACCAGCAAGUCCCUGGAGGCUGACACAAGUAACCAAGAAGCACAACCCAUGGCUAAGGCACAAGUUAUUGGAUGGCCUCCAAUUCGAUCAUAUAGGAAGAACAGCUUCAAAGCAAGGAAGGCAGAGGUGGAGGCAGCUGGAUUGUUUGUGAAGGUUAGCAUGGAUGGAGCUCCUUACUUGAGAAAGAUCGAUCUCAAGGUGUACAAGGGUUACAAGGAACUUAGAGAGGCCUUGGACAACAUGUUCCGAUGCUUUUCUACGGGCGAACUUUCAGGGAUGGAAGGGUGCAAUGGAUCCGAGUAUGCUAUCACCUAUGAAGACAAAGAUGGUGACUGGAUGUUGGUUGGAGAUGUUCCAUGGGAGAUGUUCAUCUCCUCUUGCAAAAGGCUGAGAAUAAUGAGAAGAUCCGAAGCGACAGGCAUGCCAUCAAGUCCAUGACACGGCUCCUACUUGGACAUAGGAAUUGAAGAGAUGGAAACAUGCCAUGAGAGAAGGACUUCUUUUUGCUUGGUUCUCCAAGUUCAUGAGAGUUUGUACAGGAAAAACAAACGCUCGGAAUUGGUCCUCUUGAACUGAUCAUCUCAUCUUUUGCCAACUCACAAAAUCAAAAAGAGCAACAAAAGAAACAGAACAUGAUAGCAAAGAGAUGUAUCAAGUAGAAAUUUCUUUGGCCUUGGAGUUAUUUAUCUUGUAUUACUUUCUUUUUGAUAUGUUGUAUUACUUUUAUUCAAUGUCAAGACGGCACAUCUAGAGAUGAAGCCCAUGCUCCCAUGCAUCUGUACAGAGAAAAUUACUUGUUUGUCAUCUGUGUAGAAAUUAGCAUGUAAUACAAGAGAAUGUAAGAUCAAGAAACAAUUUGAACUUUCAACGCAAGCAAUCAUAGUCUCAAAA